AUCCAAUCCAAUCUCCCUCAUUGUCUGUGUGUUUUUCCUUGCAGAAAGUGAAGCAAGAGAUCUCAAUUAUAUUUUUUGUUGUUUUUGUUGGCAGAACCUUUGAGAGAAGGAUUAAUGGAAAUACAACAACAACAACAAGGUGGCUCUGAAGUGAGGAGACUUCACAUCGUCUAUUUUCUGAGUCGAAAGGGUCGUAUCGAACACCCUCACCUCAUUCGAGUCCAUCACCUCUCUAGGAAUGGCGUUCGAUUGCGAGAUGUGAAGAGAUGGUUGGCCGAGUUGCGUGGGAAGGAGAUACCGGAGUCGUUUUCAUGGUCAUACAAGAGGAGAUAUAAGUCAGGAUAUGUGUGGCAGGAUUUGCUAGAUGAUGAUCUCAUUACUCCCAUUUCAGACAAUGAGUACGUGCUCAAAGGAUCUGAGAUUUCCUCCAUCAAUGUUAAAGAGUAUCCAUACACAGAGGAAAAGUGUGGUAGUAAUAAAAAAGAUGAGUUAUCAUUAGAGCAUGAGGAUAAUAAGGCCUUAUGCAAAGUAGAAAAUCAGACUCAACCAACAGAUGCCUUAGUUGAUGUCUCACCGAAACCGCCAUCUGAAAUCGAAGAAGAAUCGCCUUCUUUUGGCUCGGAGACGUCCACAUUCACAGAUGACUCAGGAAAAGCUGAGAUGGACAAAAGUUCAGACACGGUUACACAAGAAAAGCCGAUCGUGAAAGAAAAAGUAAGCCGCCUUGCGCCUUUUUACUCGACAAUUUUGAUGAGGAGGAGCAAGAAGAGGAGCAAGAAUAUCGCGGUUGAUGAAAAGAGUGUUGCAUCCAGUGCUCCUGAGGCUGAGGUCGGGGCUGUGGCUGUCGAGUCAUGCAAGAACGUGGCAUCAUCGGAGCCUCAAUGCACGAAGAGCAAGAGCAGCAAAUCAAAUUUGCUCAAGAGCCUGAUCACUUGUGGGGAUAUAGGGACGAAGGAUUCCGCGGUCUUAUCAGUGAAGAAGCAGAACAAGCCUUUCCUGAGCACGUGUUCGAGUGAAGCGGAGAAUGUUCGUUCAGACACUUUGUGCAGAAGAGACACCGGCUUCGGAGGCUCUCAGAGGGUGUUUGGGAAUUUUAAUUGGACUCAGAGAGACUUUAGUAGAAGAAGGAGUGUUGAUGGGAUUGAGGAUUUGAAGUGGAGCUAUAGGAGUAAAUCAGCAGAGCAAAAGGCACCUUGCGCUGCUUAUAAGCCAGUGAGCGGGCCGAAUUGCUCGCAAUGCGGGAAGGUGUUCAAGCCGGAGAAGAUGCAUGCGCAUAUGAAGUCUUGCAAGGGGAUGAAAGCUAUGUCGAAAUGUGUUGCUGCUGAUAAGCCUUCAAAAGGAAGUGGGGACUCAUUUUUUGGCCAUUUUGUGACUCAUUCAUAG